UGUGUAACCUUGCUCCGACACUUUCUCUCUCUCUCUCUCUCUCUCUCUCUCUCUCUCCAUCGACACACCGUGAAACCCUAGACCCGUGGGGGAAGAAACCCUAAUUCUUUGAUCCUCGACCCCUCGCUCCCCCAUUUUUCACCAUGGGAGCGAGUCGUAAGCUUCAGGGCGAGAUCGAUCGGGUCCUGAAGAAGGUCCAGGAGGGUGUCGAGGUCUUCGAUAGCAUCUGGAACAAGGUUUAUGAUACGGAUAAUGCGAAUCAGAAGGAGAAAUUUGAGGCGGAUCUGAAGAAGGAGAUCAAGAAGCUGCAGCGGUACCGUGAUCAAAUCAAGACGUGGAUACAGUCGAGCGAAAUAAAGGAUAAAAAGGUCAGUGCCUCUUAUGAGCAGGACCUCAUAGAUGCUCGCAAGAUUAUUGAGCGUGAAAUGGAAAGGUUUAAGAUCUGCGAAAAGGAGACUAAAACAAAGGCAUUUUCAAAAGAAGGAUUAGGCCAACAACCCAAGACUGAUCCAAAAGAGAAGGCGAAGUCAGAGACAAGGGAUUGGUUGAACAAUGUGGUUGGAGAUUUGGAAAGUCAAAUUGAUUAUUUUGAAGCUGAAGUUGAAGGGUUUUCUGUUAAAAAGGGAAAAUCAAGGCCACCUCGACUGACACAUUUGGAAGCAUCCAUUGCUAGGCAUAAGGCUCAUAUAUUGAAGUUGGAGAUGAUUUUGAGACUCUUGGAUAACGACGAGUUGACUCCUGAUGAGGUCAAUGAUGUUAAAGAAUUCCUAGAGGAUUAUGUUGAACGUAAUCAGGUGGAUUUUGAUCAAUUCAAUGACGUCGAUGAGUUGUAUAGUUCAUUACCAUUGGAAAAGGUUGAAGCACUCGAAGACCUGGUUUCACUUGGUCCUUCCAGUCUUGUAAAGGUUGCUUUGUCAUCAACCGCUUCACAAAGUACCACACAGGACCAAAGUGAGGAAGCAUCUUCUCAGGACACCAAUGCUGAUCCAGUACCAAGAACACCACCCUCGAAAAGUGGCGCCCUGGGAUCUUCGGUUUCUGUCACUUCUCCUAGAAUUGGCUCGGGGACAAUUGCCGGUCCUAAUGCUUCUGUUACUGCCAAUGCUUCUCCACGUUCAUCUGUUGGUAGUUCAGCAGUAGCUGCUGUUGGAUCUUCAUCUGUCAGUAGUUCAUCGAGUUCAGUGAGGGAUGUUGAUAAUAUGGCUCCUAGCCAUCGCCCAUCUCCUGCUAUACGUGAAACUAGAAAGGGAAGUGGUGUUACUCAGGAGAUAUCUAGUCAAACAUCCCUAAGUGCUUCUGUUAGUUUAGGUGCAGCAAGUGGACCCUCAGGAAAUGGAGCACUUGGAUCAGUUCCUCUAACUGCCAACUUGCCGAAAAGAAAUGUUCUAGGUGCUGAUGAGAGAAUGAGGAGCAGUGAUGUUCCUCAGAUGUCAGGUUCAGCUCUAAGCGACAGAGUUCUAUUGCAGCACGCCUCAAGAUCUAAUGACGGGACCUGUUCAAGCAAUUCCAAUAGCCUAGGUGAUGGUGGCGUUAUUGGAGGGAGAGUCUCGUCACCUUCGGUUGGUAGCGGAGUUCAUUGGGGACCUCAAUCUGCACCUUCUUUACAGAACCAAAAUGAAACAGGUCAAUUUCGUGGAAGGCCUGAGAUUGCUCCUGACCAAAGGGAGAAGUUUUUGCAACGGCUACAGCAAGUACAGCUGCCAAGUCAAAAUAGUCUUCCAAGCAUGUCUCAGUUUUCUAGUGUGACUCAAAAGCAGUUGCCCAUGCAGCAGCAAAACUCACUCUUACAACAGAUAUCAUCUAUCUCGCCUCAACCAACACCAGUUCUUCAAGAGAUCUUCCAUCAUACUUCACUUUCAACCGGACCAAAAGUUGGAGAUGCUGGGCGUACAAAAAUACAAGAGCAACAGCAACACAGUUUGAGUGAUGAUCUGAAUGCAGAACCUGCUACCCAUUCUGGACUGAAUAGGACAACCACCGAAGAUGAACUCAAGGCAUCAUCCUUGAGUACAGGGUCUUCAUCUAUGGCAGAAGUUAAUCAGUUUCCCAGAGAUCUCGAUGUUUCACCUCGGCAGAUAUUGCAACCUAGUCAGCAAUCGACUAGCCUUGGCGUUAUUGGCCGAAGAAGCGUUCCGGACCUUGGCACGAUUGGCGAUAACGUUAGUGCAUCAGUGAGAAAUUCUGGUGCAACUCAUGAUCUGAUUCAUAACUACCAAAUGCUUCAAGCUGCAUAUUACAAACUUCCGCAACCAAGAGACUCCGAGCGUUUAAAGAACUAUGCUCCGAGGAACCCUGCAGUUACGCCCACUAGCUUCCCUCAGGCUCAGGCCCCAAUUGUUGCUAAUCCUGCCUUUUGGGAACGAUUCAGCAUUGAUUCGUUAAACCCGGAUUUACUGUUCUUUGCAUUUUACUAUCAGCAGAAUACUUAUCAGCAAUAUUUAGCUGCUCGAGAGCUGAAGAGGCAGUCGUGGAGAUACCACAAGAAAUUCAACACAUGGUUUCAACGGCAUGAAGAACCUGAAGUCACGACCGAUGAAUAUGAGCGGGGAUCGUAUAUGAUUUUUGAUAUUCAUGCUGGCUGGUGCCAAAAGAUCACAAACGAUUUCACAUUUGAGUACAAUUUCCUGGAGGAUGAACUUGCAGUAUAAAUCAUGCUAAUCCUGUACAUAGUUAAUGAUUUUGAAUCUUUGUUUUUGCUCCUCUCUUAAUGAUCAAAAUAAAAAAGAAUUUUGUCGGUGCCCGUUUAGUUGUUGCCCAUUAAACUUUGCCGAGUGUGCCCCUUCUUUUUCACCUAGGUCAUGUUUGGAGCAUAGGAUUAGAGGACGCCGCGCGGUGCAUCAACUUAAUGCUGUCCAUGGCUCGUCUUACAUUUGGUGCAGUUACUGGACUGGACUGAAGUCCCUCCGACGACAAUUUAAUAAAUUGGGUUCGGUUGGGGAGAUUGGGUGAGCCUUUGAUUUCCCCACAA